AUGCCAAGUGCAGCAGUUUUAGAAUGCAAUCUAAAACGUAUUACUGUAGUUAGCAAUGUGCCUCAUGGGGUUUCACCUUUACCGAACAACCAUGGGAUGGACAUUGUUUUGGGACUUGGGUCAGACCCCGACUCAUUGCCGACCGAUAUUUUGCCUGUUGAGAUGCGAUUUUCUAUUUUGAUUGAAAGGAUCAGUCAAACAGCGGUAGGACAGCAUGAUUUUCAAAGUAAGAGGCAGAACAUUGCUCAUUUACAGACAGAUGUCUAUUCUACCUAUCAUACACCUGCUGGCCAUCUCGCAGUUCAAAAUGUUCUUUAUCCCCCCGUCUUAACAACGGGUUCAGAUCCAAUUUCUCCACUUCAAGCUCAAAGUGCCCUUCCUUGCAAUUUCCAAGUGCUGACGAAUCGGGCGGUUGCAAAUGGACAACUGUUACUAACUAUUUUCAAUGGUGGUAGCAUUUGUCGCUCAAACACUGCCACCACGUGCUUUGGACAAUUUCAGGUUAGAGAAAAAACCUAUAGUGUUUUUCCCUGA